UCCCGAUCCCACCCCGCUCCCGGCCCCGCUCCGCGCCCCCCGCCCGGCUCCAUCUUGUUCGCGGCCGCCGCGGAGCCGCUCCAGCCCCCACAGUGCUGUGAUGGCCCCAGACGCCUGAGCCCCUGUGGCAGGGACAAGCCAUGGAGACCGUUGUCAUCGUGGCCAUCGGGGUGCUGGCCACCAUCUUCCUGGCGUCCUUCGUGGCGCUGGUGGUGGUGUGCAGGCAGCGCUACUGCCACCCCAAGGACCUGCGCCACCACUAUGACACCAAACCCAUCGUGGACCUGAUGGGGACGACGGAGACACCGUCAGAGCCCUCGGAGCUGGAGCUGGAUGAUGUGGUCAUCACCAACCCCCACAUAGAGGCCAUCCUGGAGAACGAGGACUGGGUCGAGGAUGCCUCGGGUCUGGUGUCCCACUGCAUCGCCAUCCUGAAGAUCUGUCACACGCUGACAGAGAAGUUGGUGGCCAUGACCAUGGGCUCGGGUGCACGUGUGAAGUCCCCAGCCAGCCUGGGUGACAUCAUCGUGGUGGCCAAGCGCAUCAGCCCCAGGGUGGACGACGUGGUGAGAUCCAUGUACCCCCCGCUGGACCCCAAACUGCUGGACGCAAGGGGCCGCGCGCUGCUGCUGUCGGUCAGUCACCUGGUGCUGGUGACCCGCAGCGCCUGUCGCCAGCCGGCCGCUCGCCACUGGGUCGAGCGCUCGCUGGCGGCCGCCGAGGAGCACAUGGCCGUGCUGCGCCAGGCCGCCAUGGCCACCGAGCCCGAGCGGCCACCGGCCCCCGGCGAGCCGCCCCGCCAGGAGCAGUCGGCCAUCUGACCCCAAUAAAGGCCAUCUGACCCCAAUAAAGGCCCCGUGUGCCCCCAGCCCCGCACGGGCGGCUCUGGGA